AAGAAAAAAGAUGGCGUCGGUAUCAGAAAUGUACGAUGUGGGUUGGGAAGAGAUGAGAGACAAGCUGCGUAAAUGGAGAGACGAUAACUGCAGAAAUAGUGAACAAAUAGUGGAUGUUGGUGAAGAGCUCAUCAGCGAACACGCGUCAAAACUGGGAGAUGACAUAUGGAUUAUUUAUGAGCAGGUGAUGAUUGCAGCGCUGGACUGCAGUCGGGAUGACUUGGCUCUGACCUGUCUACAGGAACUGAGGAAGCAGUUUCCAGAUAGCCACAGAGUGAAGCGAUUAUCGGGCAUGAGGCUGGAAGCUUUGGAAAGGUACGACGAGGCCAACAAGCACUAUGAUACCAUUCUUCAAGACGACCCCACCAACACGGCAGCAAGGAAGCGUAAGAUCUCCAUUCUGAAGGCCCAGGGGAAGAGUGCUGAAGCCAUCCGGGAGCUCAACGAGUAUCUGGAGCAGUUUGUUGGGGACCAAGAAGCCUGGCAUGAGUUAUCAGAGCUCUACAUCAACGAACAUGACUAUGGAAAAGCUGCGUUUUGUCUGGAGGAGCUGAUGAUGACCAAUCCUCACAAUCACUUGUACUGUGAGCAGUACGCUGAGGUGAAGUACACUCAGGGGGGGCUGGAAAACCUGGAGCUGGCCAGAAAGUAUUUCGCCCAGGCGCUGAGGCUGAACAACCGAAACAUGAGGGCAUUGUUUGGUCUGUACAUGUCUGCAAGUCACAUCGCUGCCAGUCCUAAAGUUAGUGCCAAGGUGAAGAAGGACAAUAUGAAGUACGCUGCUUGGGCUGCUACUCAAAUAAAUAGAGCCUAUAAGCUGGCCGGUCGCGGGAACAAGGAGAACAAAUGCUCCAUGAAGGCAGUGGAGGAGAUGCUGGAGUCCAUGCAGAUCACCAUGUCCUAGGUGCCCUCGUCCACGCCUUUCUUCCUCCCUUCUGUUCAUGCGCAGUCACUUGCAGCAGCAUGGCAGCUCAGAUAGCCUUCCAAUGUGACCAGAACCAGAUCUUUAACUGAUUUUUUUUUCUUUAUCCCGUCAAGUUUGGUUCUGUAAUUGAGUGAACUUGACAUGGACAAUGGAAGACAUUUCUUCCCCUCAAGUGCAAAGAUUUCCCCAUCCAUCUGGUACCAACAACAGCAAGAUCCAAGUACUCCAACUUACUUAAACAAGUUCUACGUAGUAUUAACCCCAGCAAUGAUAUUCCUCAGGCUGGACUAUACUAUUCCUCCCGGUCCCAUACUGCCUUUUAGUUUCACCUUGAACUAAUAGCACUAAUUACCACAUCAAGGCUAUAACCAUGUGAUCACAAAAAGAUAACAAGCUGUACAGUAACUGCUAUUUAUAAAGACAGUUUGGAGAUCCCACCUGUCUGCACUGAGGUCCUUUACUGUUUCCAUACUGUUCUGUAAAUGAAACACCUUUAAUAAAAAUGUUUUUUUUUCUUUUGUCAAAUUUAUCAAAAUGUCUUAAUAAAAGUAGAACUGAUUGCUGA